AUGACUCCAGUCUCAAACGCUGCAAAGAGUCAAACAAGAAGGCGCCGCAGGGAAAAAAGAGAGGAAGAAACGGUGAAACAAAAACAGCUCAACAAAAAUGUGAAGUGUUGUUCAAAGCCAAUAACUAUUUAUUCCAACAGCAAUGAUGAUGACAUAGAAAUAGUUGAAAUAACUGAUGGCAGAAGAAUUCAGGCCCUUGAAGCCAGCACCAUUGCGCAUCAUACCACUGUCAAUGUGGGACAGACUGCCUCCACCAAUAUGGAACAGACUACUGCCGCCAAUAUGGAACAGACCACUGCCGCCAAUAUGGAACAGACCACUGCCGCCAAUAUGGAACAGAGCAACACCACCAAUAUGGAACAGAGCACCACCGCCAAUGUGGAACAGAGUGCUUCUGUUGAUGUGGAUGGGUUUCUUUAA